AUUCCAAAGAGAUUGUAAGGAGAAAUUGAGAUGGGGAGUGGGAAAGUGAGAAUAGUGAUGGUAAUCGUGGCGGUGACUCUGGCAGCAGGGAUGGGGAAGGGAGCAGGAGAUCAGGACGGAGAAGGAGAAGUGAAUAGCGGGCUGAAGAAGUAUUUCUACAAGGAGUCGUGUCCUGUCGCCGAGGAUGUCAUAAGGAACAUCACUUGGAGAAGUGUCGCCGCCGACCCUGCCUUGCCCGCCAAGCUUCUCCGCAUGAGCUUCCACGACUGCUUUGUCAGGGGAUGUGAUGCGUCUGUGCUGAUAAGAUCAACGGCUGAGAAUGAGGCGGAGAUGGAAGCAGAGCCGAACUUGACGUUGGGGGGAACGGAUCUCGUAGAUGAAAUCAAAGCCAAGCUCGAGCAAGUCUGCAAUGGAAUCGUCUCUUGUGCCGACAUUAUCCCCUUAGCCACCACUUACGCCGUCGCCUUCCAAUUCAAGAUGCCAAUAUGGGAAGUAUUCACAGGAAGAAGAGACGGGAGGAUAUCCAAAAUGGAAGAGGCGAAUGCGAAUAUUCCGUCUCCAUCCAUGAACUUCCACGAGCUCCUAAAGAGCUUCGAAGCCCAAGGCCUCAACAAACACGACCUCGUCGUUCUAUCUGGGGGCCACACAAUAGGAGAGGGUCACUGUUUCUUAUUCAACGACCGUCUCUACAACUUCUCCGGCCGUGUCGGAAACCAGGACCCGUCGCUGGAUCCUGACUACGCCAAGUUUCUAAAGACAAAAUGCAGUCCUUCUCCGACCGAUCUGACCACGGUCCACUUGGAUCCGGACAGUGGUUUCAGCUACGACAACCACUACUUCACCAACCUGCUUCAGAACAGGGGCCUGUUCCUGUCCGAUGCGGCCCUUCUCACCGACCCUGAAGCUUUCAGCAUUGUCCAGAGCCUCACCGACAACUGGGUUUUCUCCAUUGAGUUCGCCAAGGCGAUGAAGAAGCUUACCUCCAUUAAUGUCGAGACCGGCGACCAAGGAGAGAUCCGUCAGCACUGCGGUUUCGUUAAUCCUACCGUUUCUACCGUCACUGCUCAUGGUGCUUGAUAUUCCUUUUCAUUUAUGUAAUGACGUUUUCCUAUAUGUAUGUAUUUUAAAAAACCUAACUCGGCCGGCCCAGCUACGAGGCCCACCAACCGAAAUUAGGGAGUGACGAAUAAAAUAAUAAAUAAACAAAGGGAAAUUCGGCACGCCCUCGAAACGGCGACG